UUAGGAUGAAGCCGCUUAAUUAUCUGUGGGAGUGGAUCUCUCCUACAAUAUAUGAAAGGAGACACGGGUAGAGACUAGAGAGAGAGAGAGAGAGAGAGCGAGAGAGAGAAGAACAGGAGAUCAUCCACGUAGAGCUGAAGGAGUCCAAAGAAUAAAGCUCCACGUACUCUGCAGCUACUUGCUAGAUCUCCAUCAUAUAUACUAGUUGAAGCAGUACUCAUCUCUUCUUAAUCUGUAACUCUUUAUUAAUUAACGCCCAUCGAUCUGAAGCAUUCUUUCAUGGGCCGGACCGGCACUCUGAGGAUCGCGAGCUUCUGUCUCAAUCGGGUGGCGACCCGGGUCCGGUUGCGCACCCGACGGUCCAAUCUGAAACCCAAUAUUAACCCUGCAGCAGUUGAUCAUGCAGCCGCGCACAGCUCGUACUCCUUCAGUAGCAAUAACAGCAAUAAUAGUGUAGCAAAGCCGGCUGCCGGACGGAGGAUCAUGGUUGCAGGAGCGGGCUCGAGAGCGGAGGCGAAGGCAGCUCUUGAGUGGGCCCUUUCUCAUGCCGUGCAGGGCGGCGACACGGUUGUGCUUCUCGACGUCCUGAAGCUGUCGAAACAUGGCAAUCAUAGUCCCCGUGCAACAACAGUCGGUUCGAGGGGCUUUAAGCAUCUCCGUGCCUUGAGAAGUAUUUGCCAAACAAGAAGACCAGAGGUCAAAGUAGAGAUCUCUUUGGUGGAAGGGAAAGAGCGAGGACCAGCGAUCGUCGAGGAGGCGAGGAAACGAGGCAUCUCUCUUCUAGUCUUGGGGCAGAAGAAGAAGCGAGCGGCGACGUGGCAGCUGCUGCUGAUGAUGUGGGCCAGCAAACUGAUGCGCGGAAGAAGCGGCGGAGUGGCAGAGUACUGCAUACAGAAUGCUUCAUGCAUGACUCUGGCAGUGAGGAGGAAGGGAAGGAAUUCUGGGGGCUACUUGAUCACUAGCAGGCGCCACAAAGAUUUCUGGCUUCUAGCUUAGGCUAGCCAUCACCAUUUUCGGCUUAAUUUUAAUUGGAUUAUUUCUAGUGUAUGUAGAUAAGAAAGUCUAAAAAGGACUCAAAAUGUACUCGCUAAUGCAUGCAUUUGUUGAUUUGGUAACUGUUAAUAAGGUUAGUAUAUUCUUCUUCUUUAAUUUGUGAGAACGAGAGGGAAGAGGCCCAACAUGGCAACACCUACUUAUGUAACAAGUGUAAAUAAGAAGCUAGAAUUAAUCACCCAAUGCUGUUACUAUGGCUCACAAGAUGUGGAAUAUGUGGGUCGAUCGGGUUCUUACUCGGAAGGUACUCACGAAGGUAAUAAUGCAGAACGUACUUACGUUCUCUACUCUAUUAUUAAAACACACUCUGGACCAGAGCGAGAGAGAGAGAGAGAGAGAGAAAGAGAGAGAAAGAGAGUAGGGGGGGCCUGAUGAAGGUAACGAUGGAGGAACAGAAGCUCAGAGACGAUGACGACGACGACGAUAUCGAAGAUGUCCUCAAGUCUAUACUGAAGAAGCUGUGCCAGGUGGUGCAUCUCUUGAAGAAACUCCUUGGCUUGGUUGAUAAGAUGGGCCUGGGCCUUCUCCUCCUGGCGGCACUCGCUCUCCUUUGGCUCUACUAUCGCAGCGCCAAAGCGAAGAAACAACGCUCGGAACUGAAGAUAGAAGCAUCGCCACAAGCUUCGUCCUCCGCUGCUGAUGAGGGAAGCAGGAAUUGGUUCUCUAAACUGAAACUUCAUUUGGAUCUAAGACCAUAAUCUAUAUAUAUAUAUGUUGCUUUUCAUAGAUGUGUCGUCUCCAUACUACGUUUUCAGAACGAAUCAAUCGGUGGUAUAUUAAUAUAAUAUUGUAUCAGCUGAUCUA